AUGUCGAAAACUACCAGCGAGGAAGAUGACUGUCCUACGCCCAACUCGCUGCCCACAACAGCCUCUUCCAUUUCGCUCAACAACCACAUCGAAGUCUCCGAGCGACUAACAGAAUAUUAUCGAACCAAGGACCGAAAAGAAAAUCCACAGCCAUCAGCACUAUUGCUGGCCGCGCAAAAUGAGAGCGCCACAGUGUAUGCCAUUUUUGGCGGCCAAGGGGUUUCGAGUCCCCUUCAUGAAUUGCAGGAGCUCUAUGCAAAGAAUGAUCACCUUAUCGGGAGUCUGGUUCAGCAGUCGUCCUGUCACCUGCAGCGCUUGCUAGUGGAAAAUCCCCGAUUUGCAUCGUAUUAUCCCGCCGGAUUGGACGUCACGUCGUGGAUUUUGCACCCGGAGGAUCAACCACCAUCGCACGAGCUGAACAGAGCGCCAAUUAGUCUUCUGGUGAUUGGCCUUCUUCAGUUGGCUAAUUAUCAAGUAUUGAUUCAUGCACUCGGCCUCAAUCCCGGCCAGAUGUCCACCUUCUUCCGCGGUAUUGGCGGUCAUUCACAGGGUAUCGUUCCCGCCGCAAUGGUGUCUUCCGCACAAGACUGGGAAUCUCUCGACCGUCUUUCCCUCGACGCGCUGAGCAUCCUUUUCUUCAUUGGAUGUCGUGCACAAUCAUGCUUCGAUGUCCCUGCGGUCAGCGUUGAGGCGCUCACAGAAUCCGAGUCCCAUGGGGAAGGAGUGCCUUCAUGCAUGCUACGCGUUCACGGGUUAUCUCUCGACGCGUUGCAUGCCGUCAUGUAUAAGAUCAAUUCCCAGAUUCCGGACUCGGAAAAAGUUGAAUUGGCCCUGAUCAACGGGCCACGAAACUUCGUAUUAGGUGGUCCUCCUGCGGCCUUGUAUUCCGUCAGCCGUUACUUGCGCCGGAUCAAGGCUGCCCCUGGGAUAUCCCAAGCCCGCGUUCCAUUCAGCCAGCGCAAACCAGACGUGGCCACUAGUUAUCUGCCAAUCAGCGUCCCAUUCCAUACUUCUCACUUGGCUACUGCCUGUAUGUUGACAUUACAUGAUCUCCGCAACAUUUAUCUCGCGCGUUCAAACCUUCAAAUAUCAGUCUACGACACUGGCGAUGGCUCCGAUUUGAGUGACGGCACAGGUCGGGAUGUUAUUCCUGAUUUAGUUCGGAUGAUCAUGAUUCGUCAGUUGGACUGGACCAAAACAGCAGACUUUCCCAAAGCUACACACCUGGUAGACCUUGGGCCCGGAACCAGCCAAGAUGGGAUCGGAAUGUUGACAGACAAGCUCAAGCUGGGCUCGGGCGUGCGCACAAUAGUUUUCAGUGCUAGCAAAUCACCAUCGCCUGAAUUCGGUGAUCGGGAAGAGUUACUUGACCAUGCCUGUGUCACACCCGGCCGGGAUUGGGUUGAGCAAUAUGGGCCUAAACUUGUUAUUUCCAACGCGCCGACCCUCGAAACAAAGAUGACCAAGCUUCUGGGCUUGCCUCCACUCAUGGUCGCUGGAAUGACACCGACAACCUCCUCCUGGGAAUUUGUCGCAGCUACAAUGCGCGCAGGAUACCACAUUGAGCUCGCGACAGGCGGAUUCCACGACGCGGCCAGUUUGGAGGCAGCCAUUCGUUCUAUCAUUGAUAAUACCCCCCGGGGCGAGCUGGCUGUCAUCAAGAAGAUGCAAGCUCAGCAUUAUCCUAUUGAAGGCCUCACAAUUGGCGCGGGAAUCCCAUCUCCCGACGUUGCAUCCUCGUAUAUCCAGGAUUUGGGAGUGAAACAUAUCUCGUUCAAGCCUGGGUCGGUGCAAGCCGUGAAAGAGGUAAUCAACAUUGCCAAACUAAACCCGGACUUUCCGAUCAUCCUACAAUGGACUGGUGGUCGAGCGGGUGGUCACCACUCGUUCGAGGAUUUCCACGAGCCAAUACUCCAGACAUACCAUCGUAUUCGAUCAUGUUCGAACAUUAUUCUUGUGGCAGGCAGUGGAUUUGGAGACGCCAAGGAGUCAUAUCCUUAUCUUACUGGCGAGUGGUCCACCGGUUUUGGCUUCGCACCCAUGCCGUACGAUGGUAUUCUGCUGGGCAGUAGAGUUAUGGUAGCUCGCGAAACGCGCACCAGUGAAGAUGCCAAGGCUCUGAUCGUUGAAGCGUCUGGUAUCUCAAGUGAUGAAUGGGAGCAAAGCUAUGAUCGACCCGCUGGCGGUAUCGUGACAGUAAUCUCGGAAAUGGGAGAGCCAAUCCACAAAGUCGCGACUCGAGCAGUGCAGUUCUGGUCAGAACUGGAUAAGACAGUUUUCUGUCUUGACAAAACUAAACAGUCGAAAAUACUUGAGAAGAACAAAAUGAGCAUUAUUAAUCGCUUGAAUCGUGACUACUCCAAGGUCUGGUUCGGUCAAACGACUUCUGACAGAAUAGUCGAUAUCGAAGAAAUGACCUACGAGCAGGUGGUGUCCCGGUUAAUUGAUCUAACCUACCUCAAAAGCCAGGGGAGGUGGAUCCAUCCAUCCUAUCGCGAUUUGCUACUGGAAUUUGUCAGUCAUUUGGAAUCUCGCUGGAUAGCGUCUUCAAGCGCGAAGACAAGGGUAUUCCAGACCAGGAGUGAUGCCGUCCAUCCAACCGCCGUCCUACAAUCUCUCCAGGACCGCUAUUCUCAGAACUUACAAAAUCUCAUUAGCAAGCAAGAUGAAGCCCUUUUCACGGCAAUGUGCAGAAAAAGUGGCCGCAAGCCAGUUCCCUUCAUCACUGCCCUGGAUGACAAGUUCGAGUACUAUUUCAAAAAAGACUCGCUUUGGCAGUCUGAGGAUAUUGAGUGUGUUUACGACCAGGACAUCCAACGAACAUGCAUCCUGCAUGGCCCAGUGGCAGCUAAAUUCUCACAACGGUCAGAUCAGUCAAUUUGUGAGAUCCUAGGUGACAUUCACCAAGGAUAUAUCGACUGCCUUGAGCGAUCUGGACCAGUACGCCUGGAACCCCCCGACGCUCAUUAUCGUCCUUCCGAUGGGCAGCUCAAAAUUGAAAGGUUCCAAAUCGACGAAGAAUGUCUUAAUAAUGAGGAGUUGUGGUAUCGAAGAAUCUCCCAGGGAAGGUCCACACAUUGCAGGGUCGCCUUGGUUGCUCAAACAAUGACCCGAGAACGACAAAUCUUCAGCAACCCAAUAAAGUCACUGUUCAAACCCCGUAAAGGAAUAUGGAUCAAAAUGGAAGAAACAUCACCUGGCGCAGAAGUUCUUUCUAUUUACGAAGAAACCGAGACCAGCGAGGGGAGAAAGGUCACGGAGCUUCAAGUCUCUCCUGAUGGACUGAUUGAUCUCGAAAUUAUCAAUUACGAAACCGCAAAUGGACAGCCAGCCUCGUUGAAAUUGGAGUUCGGCCCCGGGAAUACACUGUAUCCCUUGAGGGAUCUUACAUUGAAUUUGAAUGAGAAGGUCAAGGAACUCUAUCAACGAAUCUGGUUCGGUGACGAGCCGACGGUCUCUGGCUCAGUCGACAUCGCCUCCGAAUUCGAUGGAGGAGAGUUUAAAGUUUCAAAAGGCAGUCUCCGCCUCUUUGCCGCCAGCAUUGGAAACGUGAGUCAAAAUCAGCGCGCGAAAGCGCCGAGAAUUGCCCCAUUGGACUAUGCCGUUGUGAUCGCGUGGAAGGCACUGAUCAAGCCAUUGUUUGUCCUGGAUGCGAACCUGCUUCGUCUCGUUCACCUACAAAAUUCGUUUGAAUGGGUCCAAGAAGCGUCUUGUAUCCGAGAGAAUGAUGUUGUUUCAACGACCUCACGUGUCUCAGCUGUCGUUCCACAAGAAUCUGGGACUCUUGUGGAGGUAAAGGCCACAAUCAACAGGGAAGGUUGUUCGGUCGUCCACAUCACCAGUCAGUUCUUGUUGCGCGACGCUGCAAAUUUUGAUCCACAUAUCACUCCAUUCAAGAAUGUCGAUGAACAACCUUUUGAGGUAGUGCUCGACACUGUUAAGGCAGUUGCGAUUCUUGAAUCCAAGCCAUGGUUUAAACUGUAUGAAGCGCCCAUUGACUUGCUUGGGAAAACAAUAACCUUCCGCCCGCAAUGCAGAUAUCUCUAUGGCCCUACAGGUGACGUGAGACGGAUCGAAGUGUCGGGAACUGUUCACGCACUGAGCAGUCGUAAGACUGAAACAGAGGUCGGCACCAUCUUUUGGCAGUCUACCUUAUCGGCGAAUAUUGUGACGGGGUACCUCAAUCGCCAUGGUCACCCCUUAACCACCCGGGUUCUCUUCGAUACCCCUCUUGAUUUGCAGGUUAAUCCAGAUACAUUCAUGUCGCCUUCAGAUAACACGGAAUAUGCCCGUGCCUCUGGCGACUUGAAUCCAAUUCACAUUUCCAAGUCUAUGGCCGCUUAUGCAGAGCUACCAGGCACAAUAGCACAUGGUAUGCACACAAGUGCUAGAGUCCGAGGGCUGCUCAGCAGUCACAUGUGUGGAAGUGAUGAAUCGCUCUUCCACAGCUUGAACGUGUCUUUCACCGGCAUGGUUCUAGCGAAUGAGCCGCUCCAAUUGGAUGUCCAGCAUAUUGGAAUGGUUGAGGGGCGUCGGAUCGUCCAAUUUACCGCGCGGGACAAAAGUGGACAUACCGUCGUCAAGGGAGAAGCGGAAAUGCGAAACGCCCCCACCGCUAUACUUUUUACAGGCCAAGGCAGCCAGCAGAAAGGAAUGGGAAUGGAUCUUUACAAAUCAAGUGCGGUGUCUCGAAAAUUAUGGGACCGCGCAGACACUUAUUUCCUCAACACAUACGGAUUCCGCAUCUCUGAGAUCGUCAUCAAAAAUCCCAAAAGUCUCACCGUUCGCUUUGGUGGUAUUCUUGGACGCAAAUUGCGGGAUAAUUACAGGGCACUGCGGUACCUGGCGCCCAAAAGUUCCGGAGAGUCAAAGUUGAAAGCAGCACAAAUAUUCCCGGAAAUCGACCAUACCACAACGUCUUAUACAUUCAGAUCAGAUACAGGGUUGCUGUCCGCCACGCAGUUCACACAGCCUGCUCUCACGCUGAUGGAACUGGCUAUCUACGAGGAUCUCAAAUCUCGCGGGGUUCUCUCUCCCACAGCAACAUUUGCUGGGCAUUCUCUUGGGGAGUACGCAGCCAUCGCAGCAUUCGGCAAAUUAGUGCCCCUUGAGACAUUAAUGGCAAUUGCUUUUUAUCGCGGGCUUUCUAUGCAGAUUGCCGUUCAGCGCGAUUCCGCAGGCCGGUCGGCGUUUGCCAUGUGUGCGCUGAAUCCGUCCAAGCUCUCCCCAGGUAUGGAUCUUGACUCGAUGAUAACAAGACGCAGCGCUGACAAGUUUAUAGCCAUGGAUGGACACCAAGUAGAAACCAUUGUGAAAACCAUAUCUGAGGAGACUGGUUGGCUGAUUGAAAUUGUGAAUUACAAUAUUCAAGGUCAACAAUACGUCUGUGCUGGCGAUGUCCGCGCUCUUCUUUGUCUCACCAAACUGCUAGACUCGCUGUUCCAACAGCCCCCAGCAUUCAAGAUCGGUCACGACAGACCAUCACUUGUUGAAGGCGUCCAACAGGCCGUGGCCCGAAUUCUGCCGUCUGUCUCAAAAUCUCCUCUCAGUGCUGAGGACCUUCCCCGUGGCAAAGCUACCACCCCUCUUGCUGGAAUAGACGUUCCGUUCCAUUCCAGUUUCAUGAAGGAUGGUAUUCCUGCAUUCCGCCAAUUUUUGUACUCUCACAUUGCAUGCAACUAUGUGGAUCCACAGAGGCUGAUCCGGAGAUAUGUGCCGAAUUUGACAGCGAGAUUGUUUGAUAUCGACAAGGACUACUUUGAAGCGACGAAUACCUUGACAGGAUCUCCUGUCUUGACAAAGGUGCUAAAUCAGUGGGAUGAGAUACAUGCUGAAACGGAGGAUCCAGCUCGUAUUGUGCAGUUGUUGAGAGGGUUGCAAGAGAAGGUGAUGUGA